CCGACGGCUGCGGCCCACGCUCGUUUGCACACUCGUUACCCCACCCACGAAAGGAAGAAAGGAGAGAAGAGAAGAGAAGAAGAAGAGAUGGAUAUGGCGGGGCAGAUAGAGCAGCACAAGCGCUUGCGCGCCCGGAUACCCGCUGCAGCGGAGAAGGAGAAGGACGAGGACACGAAGAAGCCAGUGACGCCCGUGAAGACGACGCCGAAGGCGCCCGUGAAGCCGACGACGACGCCGAAGACGCCCGUGCUCCCCACCAAGCCCGUCGUCCCGCCCGUCGUGCCGCCUGUCAUCCCGCCCAUCGCGCCGCCCGCCAGCUCGUUGCCCUCCAUACUGCCCACCAGCAGCACGCCCCCGACCGCGUCCCCGACCCUGUCCCCGUCGCCCUCCCCAACCCCGUCCCCGUCGGCAUCGCCCUCCAGCACUGCCCCGCGCCCGCCGAGCACGCCCAAGGCCGCCGCCUCGCACCCCGCGUCCGCCUCCCCGUCGCCGUCGGGCACCCCCGCGCCGUCCGGCGCCGCGAGCGUGUCCACCAUCGCGGCCGCGAUCGUGGCCUCCAUCGUCGGGCUCGCGCUCGCGGGCUUGUUGGUGGCGUUCGUGCUCCGCCGCUUCAACCGCCGCCGCGGGAGCCGCGUGCGCGAGUCCAUGGCGGCCCACUUCGACGCGCACCGCCGCUCCGCCGUCGUCCACGAGCGCGCGCUCCCGCCGGAGUUUGGGAGUGCGGGCAGUGUGCGGAGCGUGCCCAGCGUCGGCGGCCCGCCGGCGAACUACGGCGCCGCGUCUGCAGCGGUGCCCCGAUAUGCGUCCCCGGCCCCGUACGCGUACGCCGCGGCGCCGCCUGUGACGGCGCCCGUGGCCGUCGCGCCGUAUACCCUCGAUACCCACGCCGGCUCGCACGGGAGCUACAUCGGCGCGCCCCCGCCCCCGCCCCAAGAGUACUAUGGCUAUGGCGGGGCCGGGGUGCCGUCGCCGGGGCAGACGCCGACGUAUGCGCCCCAGAUGCAGCAUCCCGUGCAGUAUGUCCCGGUGACGCGCGCGUAUACCCCCCAGGCGCAGGCGCAGCAGCAACAAUACCCGCCCGCGCAGCAGAGUCCUCACCGCCAGUAUGCCGGGUAUGGGGCCGAGAACGAUGAUGCGUAUGGCGGGAUGUAG